CAGUACUGUCCUUCACUGAGACUGAGAAUACUCUUCUACCAUGGCAGACCCCUAUAACUCCUCCAAUCUCUACAAUAAUGGAUGGAUCAACUUUAUGCCUCUCCGCCCUCACCAUUGCCCUUCAUUGCUCUCUACUGCUACUUCUUUUGCCAACUCCUCCAGAGGAACCCCCUUUAAUUUGAAUAUAUCCAAUCCUCCACACUCCUACGCUUCACAUAAUUUAUUCAUUGACUACAAAUCCUCUAAUAGUCAAAGCCAGAUGCCCUCAUCCAUUAAUGACCAUAUUAAUGUUUCCUCACCUCCUCUCAAAGAAGCUCUUCCUCUACUAAACAACUUAUUAAGCCCUAGAGGGGUCCUAGAAGAGGAACGUGGUCAUGAGCCCUCAAGCGGCAGUCCGAUUACUCCAAGGGAAGAGGAAACCAUGAACAAAUAUGAUGCUGUUCAUGAUGAUGGUGAUGGCGACAAUGACGACGAGAACUUGACUGUAGCCCUACACAUAGGCCUCCCAAGUUCUUCUAAUUCUGGUAAUGUGCAAUCUCAGUUUGCAGAUCAAGAUCAUAUUACGGAAGGAGCGAUCAGUAGUACUAUUAGUCAUGUGGUUUCAUCAGGUAACCCUAUUGUGGCCGUGGACAGACUAAACAAGGGCGGUCAUUACUGGAUUCCCACCCCUGCUCAGAUUCUUAGUGGCCCAACUCAGUUCUCAUGUUCUAUUUGCUCCAAAACUUUCAACAGAUACAAUAACUUGCAGAUGCAUAUGUGGGGGCAUGGUUCUCAAUACAGGAAAGGACCAGACUCCCUAAAGAGAACUCAACCCACAGCCAUGUUAAGACUCCCUUGCUACUGCUGUGAACCAGGUUGCAAGCACAACAUUGAAAACCCUAGAGGUGCAAAGCCACUCAAAGACUUCAGAACUCUUCAGGUACAUUACAAGAGAAAGCACGGUGUCCGGUCCUUCAUGUGCAAACGCUGUGGCAAGGCAUUUGCUGUGAAAGGUGAUUGGAGAACCCAUGAGAAAAAUUGUGGCAAGAUUUGGUACUGCAUUUGUGGCUCUGAUUUUAAGCACAAGAGGUCUCUCAAAGACCACAUCAAGGCCUUUGGUCGUGGCCAUGGAUCGUUCGAUAUUAAGUGUUUCGAAGAAGAAGAUGAACCCGCACCCGAAAUCGAACAUGAAGCUGAGGCUACAAGAUGGUGUACAUUGCAAGGUUAAGAUUGAUGUGUGUGUGCCUUAUCUCUACCUUGAGCUCAUAUGUACCAUCUCCAAAUGGAUA